UAUUAUAACUAUGAUGAUUUGUUUUUGUUUUUGGUGCCCCCUCAGGACUUGGUGCCCUACGCAGAGCGCGUAGUGCGCAUUAUGGGAGCGGCGGCGCUGACUGUCCCUUUUUAUAUUCAUAUUACAUUUAAGAAACCGUAGUGGCUAUCGAAAUAGUUUUGCGAUCCGAAGGCCAGAAUUUAAGACUUUCACUAUUAUAACUUUUUUUGCGUUUUUUUAACGUUUUUCCUUUUUCAAGAUAGCUCUUGCUUUUAAUUGUAAUAGGUUGAUUAUUCCACAAGGGUAAACAUUAUGGAGUGUAAGUGUGAGUUCAUUAUAUUUGCUAAUAUCUGUUUAUGGAAAUCUGACAAUGGAAAUUAUUAAUUCUCAAUCAUCAGUGAAUGAAGAUAAUAACAUGGCCUAAGUACCCACCUCUUUAGUGACAGAACCCACACGCUUUAUUUACAGCACAAUUGUUGGAAAAAUAACUAUUUUCAGUAGAGCUGAAUGUUUAACAUUUAUGGUCCGAGAGUAUUCCUCUCCAAACCCAGAUAAGAGGAAGUGAAGAAUAACACAUCGGCUUCUCUGGAGUGCUGGACAAGGAAGAAGCCCCCACAGGAAGAGAAGUGUCUGACAGAGUAUAAAAGACAGAGGCUGAGACGAGACCUUUGGAGUAUAAACUUGGAAACACAAGAGAUAAGAUAAUCCUUUAUUAGUCCAGCAGUGAGGAAAUGUACAGGAUUACAGCAGCAAAGUGGGUAAAGUGCACAUAAUACAUUGUAAGAUGUGAUUAUUUUAUAUGGCAAAUAACUAUAUAAUUCACAAAUAUGAACGGAUCCUGUCCUACAAUGGCAGACAGUUGCAUUGCUUUGGUCUGGCUUUACUCUUGACCAAUUGGUUACAGAAACUUUGGGCUUAAUGGCUAUUAAAUACUAUUAAAUGGUGUAAUAAGUGUUGUUUUUAUACAAAGUGUGUGAAAAUAGCGCAGUUUACAACAAUGCGCUAGCGGAAACAAGAUUCCAAACUAAGAUAAUGAGUUUAACGUAAAUGUUUUCUCAUGCAGAUGGUAAAGGGGUAAUCGGAGAAGCCAAAGUUCAUAAUGUGACGAAGUAAGGAGAAAGAAAAUCAUGGCUGACGAACUUGAGCAGUCACCCAAGGGUUGGACUGAAUCUCAAGUAAGCGACUGGCUAAGAUCAAUUGGAGUGAAGAAGCAGUACAUAGAAAAGCUCUACGAGGAAGAGGUCAAUGGACAAGUCCUUCUGUCACUGAAUGAGGACGAUUUGAAGUCAAAGAUGGGCAUGAAAUCAGGGCCUGCUCAUUUGAUUAUUCAGACAAGAGAUGAGCUCAUUAACUCCAAGAAAAAGUCUCAAGAGAAGAAGAAGACAUCCAGUGGCAAAACCCCCCAGUUGGAACAAGAACACAUUGAUGCAAAAUCUGUUCAAUGUCUUCCCGCAACAAGUGAAGCUACUCCGGCACAGAUUCCUAAGAAAGAUGAAGCUGUCGUAAAGGACCGACAAACAGCUCAGGAACUAAAUGUGUCCACUUCAAAAGACGACUGCAGACCACGGCCAUUUGACCAAGAAGCGAUUGAUUUCAUAUAUGUAAAGCACAGAGUCAUUCAACCCGAAUCGGGUGCUUUUAAUCUGAUAUCUCCAUGCCAUGAAUUCAAAUCUUUAGCUAAAGCUGUUACGUUGGAUCGCACAAGACUCCAAGCUAAGUUUGCCUAUGAGGUCCUUAGAUUUGCAACUGGCUGUAUGAAUAUCAGAUCAAAUGGCACAAUACACUUUGGUGUGAUGGACAGCAAAGAGGGCACAGGAAAUGUCCACGGUGAGAUAAUUGGUAUCCCUGUUCCAGAGAAAGACAUUUAUGUAGAUGCUUUGGACUACAUUGAAAGGAGUUUCUCUUCUUCCAAAGAGCAUGUACGCCAGUGUAUACGGCCACCAAGGUUCAUUGAGGUUAUGGAUGGCGAAAGUACAGAAAAGAGGUAUGUGGUAGAGGUUGACAUUGUGCCUUCAAUAAGUAUUGUGAAGAACAAAGUGUAUGAAGUGCGUCUGCCAAACUUCAAAGAGUCAUCAAACAAAGUAGAAUUUGAGAAAGAAACAAUUCUGCGGCGGGUGGGUGCAAAGACGGAACCGGUGACCGACAUAAGUGAUUUUCACGAACGAGUCAAAGAUCGAGACGCUCAAAGAGAAGAAGCAGAGAAAACUCUGUUCCUCGGUGCCCCAGACUGCUGCCAAGACCUCGGGAGGAAACUAAAAAUGCUUAUGACUUCUGGAAAGAAAUUCAUCGAAAAGGAGAAAUGGUUCAUCCUCGUCACUAACAAGUUCAACCCUGAUGACCUUCGCAACCUUGACUGGCUGCUUAACAUGACCAUGUUCUGUGUGUUUGACUUUGACCCAGACUCAAAGGUCUCAGGUCUUUGCAGUCAGUACCGUCAGCAUCACGUGGCAAAUAUUCAUUCUCUGCAGAGCUAUAGGAUAUCCAGUGACAUGAGCAUCCAAGAAUUCACGACUCAUUUGCAUCUGUUCGACCAAACUAGCUGGAUCUUUUGUAACGGCCGUAGUGACUACAAAGGAGAUGACAGUCCAUGUAAUGAAAUGACUUGGUUUAAGACAAAAAUGACUGUCCUGCGGGAAGCUGUGUCUUUGAUCUGUAAACAAAUCUUGCCAAAAGGGACAUUCCAAGUCAUUUUUCUUCUCACAUCACCAGUUGAGAAACCACUCUUGCACACCUUUAAUGAGUUUUUCACAGACAUGGAAGGCCAUGAAGACAUCAUCUGCAUCUGUGAAUCAGAGAAAAACUUCCAGAAGUGGCAAAGCUUUACAGAGGGGUCAUGUGGAACAGAAACUGUGAACAAUUCCAGUGUUGUUGGGAUGAAAAUGAGUCACAUUAAUGCAACUCUAGAGCAAAUACAAUCUGUCAACGUAUGCGCAAGAAAACACCUGCCAGUCUUUGUGAAGGGGACAUGUCUUCUUGAAACACACGAAGAGGAAAAGAUGUAUUCUCUGGAAAUUCUGACAGUCGAUCAUUGUGACGAAACAAGCCAAGCCUUCAUUGAGGAAGAGAAAGAGAACAUUGACCAGCAGUUUUACCAUGGUGGUCGAAUAAACUGGUUGAAUUUAUGGCUUGCUGAGCACCGGCAUGUUGGAGAGGUAAUUGAAAGAGAUGCUUAUCAGGAUGUCUCCAAUUGUGUCAAUGACUCUUUGAAGUCGAAUGCUGAUCAAACUCCAGUGAACAGUAUAAACAUCUUCCAUCACCCAGGAAGUGGUGGAAGCACUGUCGCAAGACAAGUGCUGUGGAACAACAGGAAAGGUCUCAGGUGUGCAGUUGUAAAGCCCUCAUACUCUCCUGCUGUGGUUGCGCAACAUGCAGUUGAACUGAGAGAAUACGAGGAGAAAGAUCCACAGAGGUGUCUUCCUGUGCUGCUCCUCAUUGAAGACUCAGACAGAGAAUACCUCGAUGAUCUCAGGAACGAACUGGAGGUUGCCACAAACGCCAAAAGAAUCCUGUGUGGAACUCUGUGUUUCAUUUUGAUGAGCUGCAGACGAUCCCAUGAUCCAGAGAAAAGAUGCAAAGAGUCUCCGUUACAGAACGUGUCUGUCACUCACAAACUGUCUGAACAAGAGAAGAGACAGUUUGCCAAAAAACGAAAGGUGCUUGAGGAACAUUAUGAACAUGAGUUCAUCCUGACAUUUGUUCUGAUGAGUGAAGGAUUCGAUAAGAAGUAUGUUCAACAGUUUGUCAAACAUUUGCUGCAAGGCCUUGACAGUACAUCUCUUGUGACUAGCCUCAUUCUUUAUGUGGCAUUGCUGAACACUUAUGUUCAAAACUCGUUCAUCUCUCAGUCCCAUUGUGAAGAGUUUCUUGGAAACUUUCUCAUUCACUUGGAAAGGUUUCGCCAACAUGAGUUUGAGAAAUCCCUCGGUGAUCAGGCUAAACUAAUCUUCUUGCAUCUCAGAGAUGAUAAGACACACAUUAAAUCGAUCAGAAUCAUCCACCCACUCGUUGCAAAGGAAAUUCUCGAGCAACUUUUGGGGGACAAACAGACCCAAAGCAGUUUGGCAAUGAGUUUGCUGUGCAACACCGUGCUUUUUGAGCACAGAUUUGGAAGAGCUGAAUAUCUGUCAUUUUUGAAAGCACUGUUGAUAACGCGAUCCAGAAUAAGCAAAGGGGACAAAUAUGACAGUUUUUUCUCUCCUCUGAUUGUGCAUGUGCGUGAAAAGGAAAAAAGCCCAGACAAAGCAAUUGAGUUACUCACGAAAGCGUUCCAGUGUUUCCAUAACGAUCCAUUCUUUGCGCAACAACUUGCACGUCUUCAUUACACCGACGAAAAGUUUGAAGAGGCCAAAUACUGGGCCGAGACAGCAGCCCAACAGUUGCCCAAAAACUCGUACAUACUCGACACAAAAGGGCAGGUGUACAAGAAAUGGUUCGAAGCUAAAUGCAAAGCUAUUGAGAAUGACAGAGUACAAAAGACACCCGAGAAUAUAGCAGAUGCCGUGGCGACUGCACUGAAAGCCCUGGAGUGUUUUCAGGAAUGUGAGAAAGCAGCUGAAGCAGAUCCAGAAAGAAAUAAUAGCUCAGGGUUUUUCUCUGAAGUUGAGGUUGGAUGCAGUGUGCUCAAACUGAUCUCUUCAUCGGAAGUGUUUGCAAACAGAGCCAAUGGCCAUUCAGAGUGUAUGAAGUACCUGUCGACACCGGAGUACAUUCCUGAGGAAGUUGAAAACGCCUGGGCACCAUUUCAUGAUGGUUUGAAAAAACUCAACAAGGCAAUGCAAGAUGCCCUCGAUUGGAUUUCAGAAGACCUCAGUUACUUCCAAACAGACAUCGGUUUUGAUGGAGAAGAGACCCCUGAAAGUCACGAGGAGAAAAUAAGUCAUCCACUGAAAUGGUUGGCAAAAAAAUCUUCAGAGUAUGGGAAAUAUUUCAGUGAAACUGCACUUCAACGGAAAUCAAUCGCAACCAAUCUGACUCCUUUCCAAAAGCGCAUGAUCAUCUAUCGUCUUGGUGGGGGGAACAUGACAUCUAUCCUCUUCAACCUAACUGACCAGAAGGAUGCAGUAACUCUCCUCGAGACCAUCCUUUCUCUCUACCCCAGAAAUCCAAAAAUGGCUAAAUUUGGUCAAAGGGAUAUUGUCAAUUACAUAAUGGCCAACCUUACUCUGAACUGCCUGUCACCAACGAUCAAAAAGAUCGCUCAGCUGAAAGAUCUGCAGGAACUUUGUCAUCAGUUCCCAAAAGAUAAAGGGACAUGUUUAUCGAGUGGCCUCUUCUUGCGUACCUUGCUAUUCUGGCCGGAGGAUCAUGACCCAGAUAAUGAGAAAGAAACAAAAUAUGAAAUUGUGCAAGCGGCUGUUGACCAACUAAAAAAAGACUACUUGAUCAAGAUGAAGGACAUUCCUCAGAGGAAAAGAAGGCUUUACACCCAUUUCUUUCUGGGCAGUGGGAACGGACUGGAUAAAUUUGUCCACAAGAGAAAGUUUGAAAGUGUCACAAAGAUGUUCUCAGUUUCUGAGAAACGCAUGAAGUGGUUUAGGGGUGAGGCAUGGAAAAAGCCUGAGAUUGCCACAAUGCUGAAUUGCGUUUCUGGAUGGACUGAAGAUGGACAGGUGUACCUUGAAGGCCCUCGGAAAAGGAAGUUCAAUAUCCUGCCUCUUCACCUACCAUCAGUGCCUCAUAGUAAUGAAAACAUCACGUUCUACCUGGGGUUCACAUUCAGAGGGCCAGUUGCCUGCAACAUCCUUGUGAAACAAUAGUUUGUCUCUGAACAAUGAUCCUGCCACGUAUGGCUGCACAUCAUCUCCCUGAAGCAUGGGUAUAAUAUCCACUUCAGUUCCAAGAGCAAGAACAGAUAUAAAAAGAAGAAAUAUCUGGUCAAAACAAAACAAAAGUUUCUAUCUCCAAAUUGUCGAGUAUAUUGAAGCAUUUGUUCUGGUACAAAUUGCAAUUCUUUUGUCAGAUAGUUUAUCUAUAAUUUGAUCUUUUUCUCAUUUUAUACAUAUAUAUAUGUGUGUGUGUGUGUACUGACAAUUCAACAGUGUUUUAAAAAAAAGUUUUUGUAUGUGUAUAUAAACAUGUGACAUGAUUGACUCUGAAUUCCCAGGGUAAUAACAAUGUAAACUGAAAUUCCUAUCCUAAAGCUCAAUGCUUCUCAAAUAGGAACUUAAAGUCCCUGUUUAGACCUGAAUCUAGUAUCCUGUUAUUUUCAUAUUGUUUGUAGAUGCAGUUCAGAAGGACUGCAGUUCACACCUGGCAUCUAAAUGCAUUUUUAAUGCAUCUAAUGUGAGCAUUUUUACCUGGGUUUUUCUAAGUGGUUCAUGUUUGGUGUUAUCUAACUAGAAUGCUGUUGGAAGAGACAUUGUGGUUCAUAGUGUGAACCGUUCCUAAACAUCUGGGCUUCUAGUACAGUGGUUCUCAAACUUUUUUAAUUGAUCCACGUCCCUGUGAAAUAUGUUUUCAGCAAAGAACCCCCUAACUAGGGCAACACAUUUUUGGUUGGACAAAAGGUGUAAUACACAGUGCUGUGCCAUCAGUGUCUGAUUUACUAUAGAAUAUAGACAAAUAAUUUUCUGAACUUACUUAUAUUUUAUUGUAUAUGUAUUAAAUAACCAUUUUUAAAGAACUUUUGAAUGGAUGCGAAUUUUAAAUUAUUAUUUAAAUAAAUCUCACAUUCACGUACCCUCAGGGGUACACAAACCCCCAUUUGAGAACCACUGUUCUAGUAGAUCAUGAUAGCUAAAUCGGUGUUUCCACAAUAAAUGUUUUAAGACGAAUCGGCAGCAUUAUGUACAUUUUGAGAAGAAUAUGCCGAUCAUAUGUGCAACAGAAAAAUGUAAUAAAAUGGCAAAUUAUGGGAAAUUACAUUUUUUAACUAGAAAUUACACCAGUACCUGGGGCUAUACUUUUCUAUACUUAUAUUGAAUUAAUUUGUUGGAUAGUAACAUGAAGAAACACAUGAAUUUGUAAACAUUAUUCUGAAAUAUAUAAAACAUGUCUUGAAAUACAAUAAACUUUUUUUCUUCAA